UAUACCACACCGACUGGCGCCAUCGCCACGGCACUCCACGAGUCAGCACAACCCCCCGCGUCGUGGACUCGCAGCUAACAGCCUAGCACCGCCAACCCGCAAGCAGAUCAAGGGAGAUGGCCACGGCGACCUACCUCUCCUUCUCGGCGCCGCCGUCGUCGUGCGCCGGCCGGCAGCGGCGGCGGCAGGCGACGCGGGCGUCGGCGUCGGCGACGGACCGGCCGCGCGAGGUGGUGUCACCGAAGCGGCGGCUGCCGCUGCGGAAGGUGCCGGGCGACUACGGCCCGCCGGUGGUGGGCGCGCUCCGGGACCGGCUCGAGUACUUCUACGGGCCCGGCGGGCGCGACGGCUUCUUCACGGCCCGCGUCCGCGCGCACGGCUCCACCGUGGUGCGGCUCAACAUGCCGCCGGGGCCCUUCGUGGCGCGCGACCCGCGCGUGGUGGCGCUGCUCGACGCCGCCUCCUUCCCGGUGCUCUUCGACACCUCGCUCGUCGACAAGACGGACCUCUUCACCGGCACCUUCAUGCCCUCCACCGACCUCACCGGCGGCUACCGCGUGCUCUCCUACGUCGACCCCUCCGAGCCCAACCACGGGCCGCUCAAGGCGCUCCUCUUCUACCUCCUCUCGCACCGCCGCCAGCACGUGAUCCCCAAGUUCCGCGAGGUGUACGGAGACCUGUUCGGCCUCAUGGAGAACGAGCUCGCCAGGGCCGGCAAGGCCGACUUCGGCCAAUACAACGACGCCGCCGCCUUCUCCUUCCUCUGCCAGGCGCUGCUGGGGCGCGACCCCGCCGAGUCCGCGCUCCAGGGCGACGGGCCCAAGCUGAUCACCAAGUGGGUGCUGUUCCAGCUCAGCCCGCUGCUCAAUCUCGGCCUGCCCAAGCUCGUCGAGGACUCCCUGCUCCACUCGUUCCGCCUCCCGCCGGCGCUGGUCAGGAAGGACUACGACCGCCUCGCCGACUUCUUCCGCGACGCUGCCAGGGGCGUCGUCGACGAGGGCGAGCGCCUCGGCGUCCCGCGGGAGGAGGCGGUGCACAACAUCGUGUUCGCCAUGUGCUUCAACUCCUUCGGCGGCAUGAAGAUCCUGUUCCCGUCGCUCGUCAAGUGGCUGGGUCGCGCCGGCGCGCGGACGCACGGGCGGCUGGCGACGGAGGUGCGCGACGCCGUGCGCGCGCAUGGCGGCGAGGUGACCAUGAAGGCGCUGUCGGAGAUGCCGCUGGUGAAGUCGGCGGUGUACGAGGCGCUGCGGAUCGAGCCCCCCGUGGCGAUGCAGUACGGGCGCGCCAAGCGGGACAUGGUGGUGGAGAGCCACGACUACGGGUUCGAGGUGCGGGAGGGGGAGAUGCUCUUCGGCUACCAGCCCAUGGCCACCAAGGACCCACGCGUCUUCGCGCGGCCAGAGGAGUACGUGCCUGACAGGUUCCUCGGCGAGGACGGCGCGCGCCUGCUCCGCCACGUCGUCUGGUCAAACGGGCCCGAGACGGCGUCGCCCACGCUGCAGGACAAGCAGUGCGCCGGCAAGGACUUCGUCGUCCUCAUCGCGCGCCUCCUCGUCGCCGAGCUCUUCCUCCGGUACGACUCCUUCGACGUCCAGGUCGGCGCCUCCGCGCUAGGCUCGUCGGUGACGAUCACCUCGCUCAAGAAAGCAACCUUCUGAGCUCCCGCUCUGAACGCCCGUCAAAGUCGCCGGAGCCGGGGACGGGCAAUUUUUUACAGUAGAAGAAUAUACUGCGCUGUCCUCUCUGUCUCUCUCAAUAUUUUUUUUCUAGUCUUGUGCUCCUGAAUGUUCAAAAAAAAAAGUCCUGCGCUCCUGUGUCAGUGUCACUGAAUGAUCAGCAGGUAUGGACAUGUAACAAAUUUCUUUUCUUAGUAAAACGAGAACAUGUUUUCCCCAGGGACCUUUGGUGUCUCGAGAUUUCAGGUCAAGAAAAAUUGCUAGUGAUC